CUGAAAAAAAGUAGUAGAUGCGUCGAAUUUGAAUCACAGAGGAGAAAUGGAAGUGAAAAAGGCUGGGUCAUCUCUUGAUUCGUUGAUCUCUUCCUUCAACGCUCGGAUUACCGAGCUUCAAGAGCUCGUAAUUGGAAGAAACAUGUAUCCAGCGAGCAGCAUCACCGAUCUGUCGGCAGUAGACACUGCGCUCAAAACUCUAGAGCUUCAGGUGCAAGCCAUCAAGGACCGUUUACGCGAGGAGACUGAAGCUAUUCCUAAAGCCAAGAAACUAAUCAACGUAUCACUGAAGCAGCAAAAGAAAUUGCUGAACAUGUCUCUUCAUGUUCCUUCACUUGUGCCUGAUAGAGGGAUAAUGUCAAAUUCGGAAACUAGUAGAUGUCUAUUUCCUGAAUUUUCUGGACAAGAACCUGGAGUUGAUUCUCUAAAACUUGAUGAGGAGCCUGCAGUAUUACCUAAGGAGAAAAAGGGCCGCGGAUCUCCACCAUUGUGGCACAUCACCGGAAGUGAACUAGACUCCUUGUCAUCAUACAUGAGAGGUAGGCUUACACUAGAAAAGGUGAAUGCAGCAAUUAAUGAUAUGGCAUCUUAUGCCGAAGCAAAUGCUCAACUUAUUGAUGCUCCCAGAAAAAAGUUGGCAGAAAAUAUUUUGGAAAAAGCCCUGGAAUUAAGAGAUGUUGCAGCUGUGGAAGGGAUAAAGGGGAAACACUUUUUCAUCGAGACUGACAUAAAAGGUCCUAACCUGAAGCUUGAUAACACUGGAAAAGCAAUUCUGACGGUCCUUCGUCACCUCGGCCGCAUUAGUGAGACUCGUGUCAGGCAUCAUCGGGUCAUAAUUAUGCAGAAACCUCAGUAAAAGGUUAGGCAAUCAAUAUAUGUGAGAUGAUACCUGCUCAAGAGGGUUUGAAUAGGGUAACAAAGAUUUGACAAAUGCAAAGAGCAACUUACAAGACUGAUUUGUGUAAAAUAUGAACAUUAUUAUGUAUUCGCUUUCUUUAAAUUUCUUUCCAAGUAUUUCUUCUCUGCUUGUACCUUCCUCCCGUAUAAAGCACAAUUUUCCUCGGGACUUUUCUUUGUUUAACCUGGCUGUUCAAAAACCCGGACAACUGGGUCCAAUCUGGCUAAAUUUGAUCCAGUCCA